ACCACAUUAUCUCCUAUUAGUUCUCAAUUAUAUUUUCGUUUUCUAAUCUCUUGAGCAAAUAACAGCUCUAUUCACCAAUUUCCAACUACUCACAAAGAGGUGUUUGUUCAUCAGCCUCACUGUAUAUAAAUGCCCUCGGCAUGCAAUUACAAGCACUUGCCUGGAACAUCCUGGAGGGUGCGAAUUGCUGGCCUGUAACCGCACCAUUUUCUCUGCAAUGGACCCAGGAACAAAACUCUUGCUGUUUUUUGCUUCACUCUGUUGCUGUGAUCUGCAAGCAGCUGAGGAAGAUGUGGCUGAGUCGAAGAUCACGGAACGGAGGGAGCACAAACGCCGAAAACGAGAACAGUUCUGUGACGUGUGGUGUCUUCCAAACUGGGCUCUGUACAAUUACACCUGUUACCGAGUGUUACCCGGACUUCGUACAUGGGUUGACGCUGAGGUGUAUUGUCAGAAUAUGGUACCAGGUGGUCAUCUUGCCUCACUUCACAGUUUGGAGACGAGUGAGUUUCUUGCAGAUCUAUCUUUGAAUACAUUGAAUUCCAAUAUGGUUUGGGUUGGUGCCUCUGACAAGUACAAGGCACAGAUCUUUUUCUGGACAGAUGGAUCUCAGUGGGAUUAUUUCCUCUGGCAAAGUAACUAUCCUACUGUAGGACUAUUAAAUCACCAUUGUGUUCUACUCCAAUGUGUUGGACUAGAUGCCCAUUCUAUGAGCAAUGCGGAUUGUUCACAAAGCUUUGCAGCCGUUUGUGAGUACAAGCCGGAGUUUGAUUAGUCUACCUUUCUAAUCACAAACCAAAUCUCUGCUUGCCGAGCAAAUCUCAGAACAAAAACUAGCCACUGUUUUUUCAGUUGUAGUUGACUCUCUCAGGACAAUCUGAACCAUUUAAAGGCACUCUGUUAUCUGAAACAAGAUUGGGUCAGAAGUAACAAAAUGUACAGCAGCUAAGGCAAGGAUGACUCUUGUCAUGUACUACUGCCAAGGCCAGUGCAGAAAUCAUAAGCUCCAAGACAACGACUCACUAGACUGCUGCAAAAAGUUAACGCUGUAUCCACCUGCCCUUUCACUACCAGACAGUGAAAAUACUUCAAUAAUCAACCUGGAGCGGGACAGAUACCAACACUCAAGAGAAAGCUAAAGAUCUUUGAAUACUAUAACAGCACGUUGCAUUUAUAAGGAGCCUUUAUUGUACUAACAUGUUUUGGACUAUUCUGCUGCCAGACUUCAAAACCUGUCCAAUGUUGUUGCACAGCUUCAGAGAUCUUAUAUGCUCCAGCGUAUUAUAUGCUACUUCCAAUUUUUGAAUAAAAUCAGAAGCAAACAGAAAGUAGAUGAUAAACCCCUACAUGCCCUUUCAUCUCAGAUCCUGCCCGUCAAUGGCAGUGAGAGGAUGAGAGCCCUGAUGGAGUAUAAUACAACAUGAAUUAAACCAUAGAAAGACAGAUGAUGCAUGUUGAUGCUCUUGCAUUCACAUAAAACCAUGGAGUCAUCCGCACAGUAACAGACCCUUCGACCAACUCAUCCAUGUUGACCAAGAUACCCAAUCAAAGCUACUCCCAUCUGCCUGCAUUUGCUCCAUGUCCCUCUAAACUUUUCCUCUCCGUGUACCUGUUCAAUUAUCCUUUAAAUGUUGUUAUUGUCCUGCCUCAACUGCAUUCUCUGCCAGUUUGUUUCAUAUAACCACUACCCUCUGUGAGGAAAAAGUUGCCCCUCAUGGUACGUGAGCUCCCAGAGGAGGCAUUUGAGGCGGAUACUAUAACAACAUAUAAAAGUCAAUUGGACAUGUAUGUAGACAGGAAAGGUUCAGGGAGAUAUGGGCCGUGUAGGCAGGUAGGAUUUGCAUAGAUGUAGCAUUUUGGUUGGCAAAAGAGGGUAGUGGAUAGAAACAUAGAAACAUAGAAAUUAGGUGCAGGAGUAGGCCAUUCGGCCCUUCGAGCCUGCACCACCAUUCAAUAUGAUCAUGGCUGAUCAUCCAACUCAGUAUCCCGUACCUGCCUUCUCUCCAUACCCCCUGAUCCCCUUAGCCACAAGGGCCACAUCUAACUCCCUCUUAAAUAUAGCCAAUGAACUGGCCUCAACUACCCUCUGUGGCAGAGAGUUCCAGAGAUUCACCGCUCUCUGUGUGAAAAAAGUUCUUCUCAUCUCGGUUUUAAAGGAUUUCCCCCUUAUCCUUAAGCUGUGACCCCUUGUCCUGGACUUCCCCAACAUCGGGAACAAUCUUCCUGCAUCUAGCCUGUCCAACCCCUUAAGAAUUUUGUAAGUUUCUAUAUGUGAUAUAUGAUAUAUGAUAUAUGCGUUAUGUGAAACAAACUGCCAGAGGAUGUAGUUGAGGCAGGACAAUAACCUCUUGAUCACCGUGCAUGCAUCCCCUGUUGACAAAUCAUGUUGCAAUGGAUAUGCACAUGCCUGCAGCAUAACGAUGAGUAGGCCUACAGGG